AUGAAGACCACCUGCAUUCUCGCUAUUGCCUCCACAGCCAUGGCUGCUGCUCUCCCUCAGGCCGCCGCUCCGGCUACUGCGCCUUUCAGAUUUGCUGGACUCACUCCCUCUCCCGGCAACGCCAUUGACGGAGGCUCCGUUGAGGGCCAGAACGGUGUCCUCUACAUUGGAAAGGACACCACCACCACUUGCGAUGCCGCCAAGGAAAACUGCGAGACAUUCGAGUCUGAGUUGACCAACUUCAGGUUCACACCUGGAAAGUUCACCCUCCAGCUUGACGCCCAGGUGCCCGGUGGCCAGAGAGUCUAUGUCACCGGCUUUGACUACACCGGCAAGAUCCCCGCCGGCUCUCUCCACUAUACCAAGGCCAACCAGACCGGCAACGUCGGCCUGGCUGUCUUCGAGGGCUUCAACAUCACUGGUGGAAACCUCCAGUUCGAGGGCAAGGGCUGGAAGUCCUGCCCCCUGAGCGCCUCCGACCAGACCGCUGGAUGGACCAUCUUGGCCGCUUCUCGCGCCAAGGCCAACGCGACCUGUGUCGAUUUCAUUUUCCAGGCCGACGAGCUCGCCGCUGAUGCUCCUACUGCCUGGGCUUUCCUUUAG